AUGGCCUCGCAUGGCGACGAGCACCCGGCUCGCGACCAGCAAACGUCUGCUGAGGAUCGGAGCCAGUCAGAGUCCGACGCAGGCAGCCACUGGUACUUCACUGUCGACGAGGGUAUCGACGACGAUGAAGAUGAUGCCGACUACGUGGAUGCUCCGGAUGAGCUCGAUGAUGACGACGACUUGGAAGAUGAACCCAGAAAUAUCGAAUUUCAAGUCACUUUUGGCAACGAUGAUGAUGAAGAGAUUGAAAUUGACCAAGAAAGUGACGAGGCUGACGACGACGAGGAUGGUGAAGACGACGGGGAUGACUUUGAUGAGGACGACGCGCAGCAUCUACCGGCUGGGGUAACCACCGAGUCAGCCCUUCGCUUUCUAACACUGCUGCGAGGCCACCGCUUUAUAGAGGAGCAAAAUGACGAUGAGCUGCAGCGGAUAUUCGGCUGGGGCAGGUCCCGACGUCGCGCCACAAAAGACCCCAACCGCUUCCCCAAAGUACCAAGCGUCGAGGGUAGAAAACUGAUGCACUCCGGCGCCUUUGGCUCCAGCAACGAGCCCAUUCGUCACAGUGCCAGAAAGAGGAUGGCGAGACGCAUGCUCGAGAGAGAACUUGGUAUUGGUGACAGACGGCAGCGCAAUCGCAAUACUGACUUGAUAGCACAGUCGCUCGUGCCCUCCACCAAGGCUGAGCAGAUUAUACAUUACGACGAGCCUAUCUACUCGGGCCAAUUUUCCGACGAUGGCAACUUUUUCUUUUCCGUGUGCCAAGACUUCAAGGUUCGCAUGUACGACACUUCGAACCCGUAUAGGUGGCAACAUUACAAGACGGUCAGCUAUCCUGGCGGCCAGUGGACGCUGACCGAUGCUUCGCUGAGCCCAGACAACAAGUGGCUGGCCUACACAUCUAUCGAUAGCCUUGUCUCUAUUGCUCCCACAGAUCCAAACGAUCGCGGCGACCCUUAUGCCCUCAACCUGGCCGACGGCAUCCGGCGAGCAAAUGGCUGGGGCUUUCAUCGUGGCGGGUUCGGCAUCUGGUCUAUCCGCUUUUCUGGUGACGGUAGAGAGCUUGUUGCUGGCACCAACGCGCACUCGUUGGUUGUCUACGACAUUGAAUCGCGACAAGUGCUACAUCACAUCGAGGGCCACGAAGAUGACGUUAAUGCCGUGUGCUUCGCCGACAAAAUGUCGCCGCAUAUUCUCUACUCAGGAUCAGACGAUGCUACGAUCAAAGUCUGGGAUAGGAGAAGCAUGGGCGAUGGUCGCGAGGUUGGUGCCUUUGUCGGCCACAUCGAAGGCUUAACGUACAUCGACAGCAAAGGCGACGGGCGCUACAUUCUUAGCAACGGAAAGGAUCAGAGCAUGAAGCUUUGGGACCUCAGGAUGGCUCUAUCCACCCAUCGCUUUGAAACUGUGCGGUAUGCACACCAAGCCAACGCCAGCGGCUUUGACUACCGAACCGAGAUAUACGACGAGUACGACUGGGACGUCCACCCCAACGAUAACUCGCUGGUGACGUUCCGCGGUCAUAAGGUGCUGCGCACGCUCAUCCGAUGUCACUUUUCGCCGCCGUCGGCCACCAACUCCCGGUACGUAUAUUCCGGCAGCGCCGACGGAAAGGUGUACGUCUACAACAUGGACGCCACCAUUGCGCAAAUCAUAGAUGUGAAGCAGGCUACAGCCGGCACGCGACGUUUUGACCGUCACACACGCCUGUAUUUCGAUGAGUCCAGCGGCUGGAACACAUGCGUGCGCGACGCGAGUUGGAACCCAAACGCUCCAGUGAUUGUUGCAUCAGCAUGGAACGGAUACAACAUGGCUCGCGGUACAUGCACAGUACACUCCUUUAACGAGGCGGAUGAAGAUGAAGGGGAGCCAGGGAUGGGACGAUCCGUUGAUCAUAUGCUGAAAGAUAAUCCCAACUUCUAUCCAUCGCAAUGA